AUGGAGUCUGAAACAUCUCACGGACAUUACUUCGACGUUUUGAAAAAGUCAACCCCGGAUGGAAAGUUAUCCCUUUUUUUGGAUCGACGGACGUAUAUUGAUCAUUUCGACCAUAUUGAUCCUAUUAAUGGAGUCCUCACUUUAUCAAAAGAUGUGAACAGUACAGAUCAUAUCUUUCUUAUACUAACUUGUUCAUAUCGUUAUGGUAGAGAUGAUUUAGACGUGUUAGGAUUAACUUUUCAAAAAGAAUUAUUAAUUUAUACACAACAUUUAUGGCCAAAUCAUCCUAUCAAUGAAACUUAUUCAACAUUAAAUAAUAUGAAAUGGCCAAAAAAAUUGAAGAAAUUUAAAUGGUAUCGAAAAAGAAAAUGGAAUCUAUAG